AUGCCUCCUAAGGUAGAGGUCUACACCACGCCCCCACCGGCCCUCGAGAAGCUCCUACGGUCGCACCACCUCCCGCAUGCGCUGCCGCUACUGCGCCGUUUGAGAUUCACGCGCUUCCCGGGGGGUAUCACGGAGCACACACGCAUCCUAUACGCAUCGGCAUCGGGCGCCGAGCUAGGGGAUGACACCCCCGGUGACGAGCCCUUCGCCGCCGCGUACUUAGAUUUCUCGCGCGGCCCCGAGACCGAAAUCUGGCUGUAUGCCUCACUGGAACGGCGACCGGAUGCGCUAGCCCGCGCCGCUUCGUCGGUCGGUAGGGAAACUAGGACCGAUGACGAGGAAAGCAGGGAAGAAGCAUCAGCGACAUGCGCGCGCCUAGUCCUACGAGAAGUCAAGCGUCUGCGGGACCUGUACUCAGCGGCGCGCGCACAGGUCUCGCACGUAUUCGCCGGCGCGCUGAGCGAGACGUUGCGCCUGGCGCUGCUGAACCAGGGUAUAGUCUUCGAGUUCGUGAGUAUUUUCGACAAGUGGAUUUUCCGCCUGCAGGACCUGCCUGCGGUGCGGGAUCCGCUGGGCGAGGGGAUGGAAUGGGGACCGGUGAGGAGGAAGGAUAUUCCGCUUAUGCUUUCGCGGACGAAGAUUCCUAGGACUGAACGGACUGUGAUGUUAUUGCCUAGCAUGGCGGUUUAUCGUGACGACGGAACGCCUAUCGCGUGGGCUUUCCUGGGUCCGGAUUCUUCGCUGAGCAGCCUUCAUUGCGAGGAGGAGUGGCGCGGGAAGGGGUUUGCGAAGGCUGUGGCUGUUAAUAUUUUUCGAGAGCGCUUGAAGGACUUUGAUGACGAUGGACAUUGUUGGGCGAACGUCGCGCCGGACAACCCCAAAAGCCAAAGAGUUUGCAAGAGUCUAGGCGGAAAGGUGGCUUGGGCGGUCUCGUGGAGUAGGAUAGAUCUAGACAAGAGUUUUCCGGACCAAUAG